AAAAGCUCCGGAGUGAAGAGGCAAGCGAUCGAGCGGGCGAUGCUGGUUGCCUCGGCGCGCUAUCGAGAGGGUCGUUUCUUCCCGCUCCACCGCUCCGGGUUUCAUACGCUCGCUUCUGGAGGAGGUCGCCCCGGCGAUUGAGGCUCCUUUCCGGGUGGCAGCCCGCGCACCUGCCGCUUGGACCUAACAGGAUUCCUCGUUUACAUUGGUUUUUUUUCUCUCCCCCAUUUGGAAUAUUCACCUCCCGGACCUGUCAAGUUGAAGAUGGACCUCUUACUUUGAGAUCGGUUUUGUAUCAUUAUUCUUACUUUGUGGACGGCAAGUGGCGAGGAUUUUGGGGAGGAAUUUCUGAGUCGGCAUGUUGCAGCGGAGCAGCGGGGCGCGCGUCGGAGCGCUUUGGGUCCUCCGUCUCCUGCUCACGCAGGUCGUCCUGGCGGCUGCGCUCACCCUGACUGACAAGUGCGGCGGAGACAUCGACAUCCACUCCCCGGGCUACCUGACCUCCCCGGGCUACCCUGGCGCCUACCCGCCCUCGCAGCAGUGCGCCUGGGUGAUCACGGCACCCGAGCAAAGCCAGAAGAUUCUCAUCAACUUCAACCCGCAUUUCGACCUGGAGGACCGAGACUGCAAGUACGACUACGUGGAGGUGUACAACGGCGACGAUGAGCUGGCGCCCAUGUUGGGCAAGUUCUGCGGCAAGAUCGCACCCUCGCCCAUCAUCUCCAGCGGCGACCAGCUCCUCAUCAAAUUUGUCUCAGAUUACGAGACGCACGGCGCCGGGUUCUCCGUACGCUACGAGGUCUUCAAGACGGGUCAGGAAUGUUCCAGGAACUUCACGGCUCCCACAGGGCUCAUCAGGACACCGGGCUACCCCGACAAAUACCCCAACAACCUGGAGUGCACCUUUAUGAUCUUCGCCCCCAAGAUGUCCGAGAUCUUGGUGGAGUUCGACAGCUUCGACAUGGAGCCCGACACCACGCCGCCACCGGGGGCGCUGUGCCGCUACGACUGGCUGGAGAUCUGGGACGGAUACCCAGCAGUGGGUCCCCACAUCGGGCGAUACUGUGGCCAGACGUCACCGGGCCGCGUCAUCUCCUACACGGGCAUCCUGUCCAUGACCAUCACCACCGACACGGCCAUCACCAGGGAAGGCUUCUCCGCUAACUACACCAUCCGAGACGCCGGACUCCCCGCGCAGCAAGGCUUCAUGUGCCUGGAGCCUCUGGGCAUGGAGUCGCGCGAGAUUUCGCCGGAACAGAUCAGCGCCUCGUCGAAGUACAACAGCAACUGGUCGCCGGAACGUUCUCGACUCAACUACGGCGAGAACGGAUGGACGCCGUCCGACGACACCGUACGCGAGUGGAUUCAGGUGGAUUUAGGCUUCCUGAGGUUCAUCACAGCCAUCGGCACCCAAGGCGCCAUCUCCAAGGAGACCAAGAAGCACUACUUUGUGCGCUCCUACAAGGUCGAUCUAAGCUCCAACGGCGAGGACUGGGUGACGGUGAAGGACGGCUCCAAACAGAAGAUCUUCCAAGGGAACCACAACCCGACGGACGAGGCUCGCUCUUUCCUGCCCAAGCAGACUCUGGCCCGCUACGUUCGCAUCAGGCCCAUGUCGUGGGAGCAAGGCAUCUGCAUGCGCUUUGAGCUCUACGGCUGUCGAACCUCAGACUACCCUUGUUCGGGAAUGUUGGGCAUGGUGUCCGGUCAGAUCUCGGACGGACAGAUCAGCGCCUCGUCGUACGCCAACCGAGGCUGGGUGGCCGAGAACGCCCGCUUGCUGACGGGACGGUCGGGAUGGACCGGCCAACAGACCAAGCAGCCUUUCAGAAAUGAAUGGCUCCAGGUGGACCUGGGCCAGGACAAGAUGGUGAGCGGCGUGGUGAUUCAGGGCGGGAAACACUACGACAAGAAUGUUUUUGUGAAGAAGUUCAGGGUGGGACACAGUCUGGACGGAGACGUCUGGACCCUGGUCAACGAGGAAAACACCACCAAGCCAAAGAUUUUCUCCGGCAAUCAGAACCACGAUACGCCCGAGCUGAGGUUGGUGGGUCCUUUGCUGACCCGUUUCAUCCGGAUCUACCCGGAGAGAGCCACUUUGGAAGGGGUGGGCCUCCGACUGGAACUGCUCGGAUGCGACCUGGACGAAAUCACGACCACAGCCUUGCCCACCACGCCGGUCUCUGCCACGCUUCCCUCCGCCACAUUUGGAGGCACCACCUCGUGGCCUCAAACGGCGCCGGUCACCACGCCGUCCACCGACGCCUACUUUCCCCAAGACUACGACCUGGUGACAGGAGGCGUCACGCCCGCCGACCCCUCAGUGGACUUCAUACCAGACUACUUGUGGUUCGCCUGCAGCUUUGACUUUCCCUCCUUCUGCGGUUGGACUGCGGAAGUCGGCUCGGGCGCCCAGUGGCUGAUCCAGAGCGGCGCGGGAUCUGCGACCGCACGCAGAGCGCCGAUGCUGGACCGCAUGGGCCGCGCGGGUAACUUCAUCCUGAUGCAUCUGACCGCCUUGCCGUUAAGAAAGGCUGAAGAUGACGAAGAGGACACGCAGACGGAGAGGGUGGCCCGCCUCUCCAGUCUGCCGGUGACGGCGCCUCACGUCGACCUGUGCGUGUCCUUCUGGUACCACCUGCUGGGCCAGCACCCCGGGGUGCUCCGCAUCAGACAGGAGCUGGAGGAAGGGAGGGGGAGCAUCCUGUGGACAGUCAGCGGGCACCAGGGAGCACGAUGGAGGGAAGGACGAUUUUUACUUCCCAGAUCCAGUCAACCUUAUCAAGUGGUGGUGGAGGGCGUGGCGGACAGACUGAACACAGGACACAUCGCUGUGGACGACAUCCGCGUUUUAGACGCACUCGGCGCAGACAGCUGCAAAGAUCCAGACGUUCCUCCAUCUCCACCCACGCAGAUCAUCAUCCUACCAAUGGACUCAGACGAAGUGGGCGGCGUGGGCGCAGCGGACAACAUGCUGAAGACACUGGAUCCCAUCCUCAUCACCAUCAUUGCAAUGUCAGCCCUGGGCGUGUUUGUGGGCGCCGUGUGCGGCGUGGUGCUGUACUGCGCCUGUUCGCACGCCACCAUGGCCGACAGAAACCUGUCGGCCCUGGAGAACUACAACUUUGAGCUGGUGGACGGGGUCAAGCUGAAGAAGGACAAGAUCAACGCGCACACUAACUACUCGGAGGCGUGAGAGGCGGGACGGGGACUGGCGGCGAGGGAGGGGCUGCCGUUGGACUUCAGGGUGAGCUUUUCUUUCUCAGGAGCGGCAGCGCAACAGACUGACCUGCAGGGGGCACUGUGUACAAACGAACUGUACAGCAAAAAGAAGAUCUAUUUGUUUUGGGGAAGUUUAGGUGUGGAUUUUUCUCACGCUGGUGAUGAGACCAAGUCACAAGUAAGUGUGUGCGUGUGUGUGUGUGUGUGUGUGUGUGUUCAAACAGUGCCUUUUUUCACCCCACGUUUGGAAAGAUUUUGUUUUAAAGUCUUUGAAAGUUGAAACAAAAAGAGAACAUUUCAGCAUUCGGUCGAAGCCAAAGACAACGUCUCGGCGGUCGGCCAAAACGUGAAGACGGCGUCUUAGCUUUGAGGCAAGAGGUGAGCCAGACGUCUCGGCAUCAUCUCUCGAAUCGCCAAGACAAAAAAGGCACAUUUGGCAAAGCCUGGCAAAGAAUGUCAAUAUCUUCUGGCUCGUAAUGUUACCGGUGAAAUUCCCAUUUGUGUAGUUGUUGGUGGUGGUGAGUGCGUGUGAGUGAGUGUGAAUGUGUGCAUUUGUGCGCGUCUGAGCCUUUGUGAGCACACACACGCGCGUGCAUGCGCUGUUCUAUCACAUUGUACAUAGUUUAAUAUAUUUCUAUGAGAAUUGUUUUUCUACACGGAACAGUGCAGCAGUAUCCUUUCUUGAUCUCAUCUGUCCGUUCUCGAUAUGCCGUCCUGCACAACACGCACACACUGCGUUUGUGUGUCUUUUAAUGUGAUAUGUGUGUGUGUGCGUGCGUGCGCGUGAAUGUUUGCGUGUUUGUCACUGGCUUUUGUACAGGGUAACACUGGACCCCCGACAUGGAGGAGCCAAGACCUCAAGCGUUUCCUUCCUAUCUUUAAAAGGAGGCCUGUUGCCAUGACAACCAUUUCUCUCAAUCUCUCAAAACAAUUUCUCCGCAAUAGUUUUGUUUAUUUUAUCCCUUUUUUUUUCAUGAGUAAACAUAAGUGAUCUGGUGAAUAUGAAAGGGUGCUGCAGCACUGGAUGAGAUUAAAUAAAAACAUCCUGCACUGAAAUGUAGAAUUUGAAAAAGGUUAUGAUUUUAUGAUGUAUAAAAACAAAAUGAUGUUAUAUGUUGUUGUUUUUUAAUUAGAAAAGAGAAAAAAACUAUCACAUGAAGAUGUAAAAUUUUAUGUAAGGAGGGUAAAAUGAUGACUUACUGUCAAAUCAAUGAACUUUUUGUAACUUUCCUUAUUUUUGGUUUUACAAACCUGCUUCUGUGAUGUUGCUGUUUUCCACCCCAGAAAAAAAGACGAAAACAUGAAAGAUGGAAAAGCAGCAGCUCUGCCUUCAAAAAGGGUUCAAAGAGAGAAAAAAAAAAGAAACUGCAGUAGUUUGUACUUUCUGGUGGACGUCCGGGCAGAUACAUUUCGUCUGUGUUGUUGCAGAUCAUUUGAACUUUAAAUUCCAAACAAUUAGAUUAAUAAAUGUUUGCAUUAAUUGUCA